GUGACGAAGAAGAACAAGAAGUAGAAGUAAAAGAAGAAGAAGAGUAAAAGGGGAGAAAAAAAAAUAGAAAUAAAAAUGACUCGAAUGUUGGUACAGGAGCCUGGUUGGAAGUUGGAGAGAAAAGGUUCAGAUCUUUUACUAAGAAGAGAUGAAAGUUCUUAUGAUGAAAAGAGAAGAAGUCGAGUUUGCUUCAGAUGCGAUGUCGAGGUUCGAGAAUUUGAGAGGGACGACGUAAUCGAAGAUUAUGGGGUAGAAGUAGAAACGGAAGGAACGGCGAGCCCUCUGGCAAUGUGUGCAAGUUGCUUGGCUGCCCUUUGCGUUACCGUCAUACUUCCUUGGCUCUUGAUCGGUGGUUAGACUUCUUCACCAAGUUAACUUCCUCGAUGGAAGAUGCGACGAAGCGUGCCGCUCUAUCAUAGAACACACUGCAGAAAAAAGAGAGAGAGAGAGAGAGUGAGUGAAUGAGUGAGUGAGU